GCCUAGGUCACCGGUAUACUGUGGCGAAGCACACUUUCAGUCUUCUCAGCAAAACACAUUGCAGUCUACUCGGGCGGUGUAAGAAAGUGCGGCGUAGAGACCUGAAAUAUUAACAAGGCUGCUAACAGGAUUCGUCACUUUCAGACAGGCUGAACAAUGGCUGCACAGAUAUUCAACUCGCUUGGCAAGCUGGGCAUUGGCCUGGCAGUUGUGGGCAGCGUUGCCAACAGUGCCUUGUACAAUGUGGACGGUGGUCAUCGAGCAGUGAUUUUCGAUCGCUUCACUGGCGUCAAAAACUAUGUUGUUGGUGAAGGCACACAUUUCCUCAUCCCCUGGGUCCAGCGACCAAUCAUUUAUGAUGUGCGGUCACGGCCACGCAAUGUGCCUGUGGUCACUGGCAGCAAAGACUUACAGAAUGUGAACAUCACGCUGCGGAUCUUGUUCCGGCCGGUGCAAGAGCAGCUGCCUCGCAUGUACACAACUCUGGGUGUUGACUAUGAUGAGCGUGUGCUUCCCUCCAUCACCAAUGAGGUCCUAAAGGCAGUUGUGGCCCAGUUUGAUGCUAGUGAAAUGAUCACCCAGCGAGAGGUGGUCUCCCAAAAGGUGUGUGACGAGCUGACAGAGCGGGCCUCUCAGUUUGGCGUUAUCCUGGACGACAUCUCAAUUACGCACCUGACCUUUGGCAAGGAGUUCACGCAGGCUGUUGAAAUGAAGCAGGUUGCCCAACAGGAGGCUGAGCGGGCCCGCUUCCUGGUUGAGAAAGCUGAACAGCACAAAAAGGCGGCUGUCAUCACGGCAGAGGGUGACUCGCAGGCCGCAGCCCUACUUGCCAAGGCUUUUGGCGAAGCUGGUGAUGCGCUGGUUGAACUUCGGCGACUCGAAGCGGCUGAGGACAUCUCAUACCAGCUGUCACGAUCGCGCAAUGUUGUCUAUCUUCCUGCAGGACAGAGCACUCUGCUCAGCCUGCCACAGUAAAAUGUACUUUCUGUAGACAAAAUUAAAGGGAUCAUAGAAAUGUUAGCUUUGUAAGCAAAGGUGUGCAAGCUUGUAAGUUGGACAAAGCUGACAGCUUCCUAUGGUACAAUUGUUCUUUAUUCAUAAAAUGCCUACAAAGAUCCUGGUGGAUCCGAUCUGUGAAAUGCAUUCGAUUUUUAUUGUACCCAUGACAGCCAAUUGUGGUGUGGCUUUGUAGCAAGUGCUGCCCCUGAGUGAUGCCCCUGAGUGAUGCAGUAAAGGCUUGAAGACUUGAUAAUUUAAACAAAACAUUCAUCGGUCCCCUGCUCUUUUUUUAAUUCAUUUCUAUGCCGUGAUAAUAAAGGCUCUAUAAUUCAAA